AUGACCAUGCACAUCCCAGAAGACGGCUCUAGGCUUCUCCAAGCAUGCCUGGGCCGGGUUCGGGAGCACGAAAAGACAGCACAAUGGGAAAAAGCCUCCAAAGAUCUGAUAGAAGCCCUUGGCCUGGUCGAAAGACACCAGCUGGCAGAUAUCGAAAGGGCUCAGGUCCUGACGGGCAUGGGUGGUGUUGAAAGAAGACUCGGUCGGUUUGCGAAGGCAGAAAUGCAUCUCAAAGAGGCACUCCAGACUUUGAAGGUAAACAGCGUGGGAGAAGUGGAGAACGACCUUCUUCGCAUCGAAGCCAUGGGAGAACUGGGCAUUGUCUACGAGCACCAGAGUGAACAUGCGAAAGCAAGGGAUACUUGCCUCCAGCAGUACAUGGAGGCAUUAGAACUCAUUGAGACAGCACACCGCAAGGGCGGUGACGACAUAAAACAUGAACAACUGAUCUUGCGAGCAGAGGCUACAGCGUGCCGAGCUAUCGGGAACGCGGGUAGGGCAACUCAUCAGCUGGCACAGCAGAUGGAGCGUGAUGCUGUCGCGCAGCUUGAAAAGCGGGUGCAUAGGGCGAGGAGCCUGCAAGAGAGGCUCGCAAAGGUAGACCCUGAGUCCGCGUUGUACGAAGAACUCCAGCCACGGGCAGUCCAGUGGGAGUCAAUCGGGUACGACCGCUUGACCCUUUGCCAUGCCGCACUGGGGAACACGGCCGCGGCAGUCAGUUUUGGAAGCAAGUCGCAAGCGAUUGCCAAGACUUCACGAGAUCCAACUGUCAGGGCACUAUCUCGCUUCUUCUCUGGGUAUGCUUUACUACGCGACGGUCAGAAGGAUAAAGCCAUGGAUCUUUUCAACUCAUCCGAAGAAAAGUGCACCUGUGCGAUAGCCCUGUGCAAGGAGCCAUCUGAGGAAUACCGCCAAUAUCUACAAAUCAUUGUGGACGAAGGAGUUGACCUCAAUCGCUACGAUGAGCAGGGCUACAGCGCUCUGGAUUAUGCCAUGUACAACGAGCACACGGGCAUGCAAGACGUGAUCACUAAUGGCUUACGGAAAGAAAUGAGUCCCGCUGCAAUUACAGAGCUACAACUGGCUGCUACAUUGAAGAAGCACUACAGAGAAAUCUUUCAGGAGCAUCUACGUCCCGAACUGAGCCGAGGCGGCGAAGACUGUAUCGAAAACGUCCGCCGCAGGUAUGCGGAAGUAUUGAUCAAAGAUGAAACCAAACGCGGUCUCUUUGACAGCCUGAACAUGGUGGCUUACUCGGAUUUCCUAGACUGCGGUCGAUUGCCAGCGUUUACGGACCAGAAGACCCAGUCUUUUGACCGAAUCAAGCAUCUACAGGCGCAUGACGUAGCAGCAAAGCCAUUCGUCGUGUUCCUGUCAUAUAGAUGGCGACCAGCAGAGAAUGAACAAGUGAGGACAGGCCCAGAUGAUAGCCUGCAAACACAGUACAAGCGGAUGUGUAAUGCAAUAGAGGCGCUUAUACUACAGCGCUCUGAAAUCGAGAAAGAGAACGUCAAUAUCUGGAUUGACUUUGCUUGUAUUGACCAGGAAAACAAGGAUCCUGGCGUUGCUGCUCUGCCAGUCGUUGUGGCACAGUGCGACGCCAUGAUCAGUGUCGUCGAGGACGGUUACUUCGGCCGCGCGUGGUGUGCCGUAGAGGCUUACAUGGUACAUACGCUGAUUAAGUCGUAUGGAAGACAUGAGUGGUACCACUAUACGCCCGAUCCCAGGCCGAAUGCUGUUACGGGGUCGCUGGCCUCUUCUUCGCCCAUGGAGGAGCCUGAUAUUGCGAAGCUGAGGUUGACUUACGAGGCCGACAGGCAGCAAGUGGAAUUUCUGCUGAGGCAGAGCCGCCUUUUGGGUAUAGAACCCUAG